AUGGGGCUACAGCAACCGCAAAUACAUCUUGAGAAAAGAGAUGGUGUUACUGUGAGUGAAGACUAUGGCACAGGCCUCCUUGAAAACAAGCUCUGUGUGGAGGAUUUUGUGAAGAUACAACAGGUCUUUGAGGUACCCAGUCCCAAUCAAACCAUUUGUAUGCCCAGGGAAGAAUUCAUACAGAAGAUGACAGAGACUGUAGGUUGUGGCACAAAGGAAGAAUUUGAAGAACUCUUUGACAAAGUGGAUGUGGCCCGGGAUGGCUUCAUUGGCUGGGACAAGCUGACUUCAUUUAUCCUUCUAUCGCUUUAUGAAAGAGAUGAACGAGAAAAGGCAACAGUGGUUCCCCAAUGGAAGGAUCUUGAGUUCCUCCCAGGAAAACACAAGGAUACCAUUCAGAAAGUAGUUUUCUUAAAAAGUUCAAGUCGUUAUUUGACUAUUAGCAAGGAAGGCUUACUAGGAGUCUGGGGAGAGAACUUGAAGUUGCAAAAAGCACUUCCUAUCACUGCAGAUGCUGCCAAACUCAAACACCUCUGGGUGACAAGUUUGGUUUCUCUGGAAAAUGUUAACAAGAUAGCAGUGGCUUUUACAAGCAGAGAGAUUUGUUUCUAUGAUCUACUGUCCAAAGAAGAAUUUCCUUGUCAAUAUAAACUCCAAGGCCUGAGAGGAACUCCCAUUUGCAUGGAUUAUUGGUAUGAUCCUCUUGAUCCUAAAGAAUCCAUCCUUUCUUUUGGGGAUAUAACUGGAAAGGUUCAAGUGAUAGUUUUCACAGCAGCUGUCAUUUCCCUUUUUGAACGGCCUGCUAAUGCAUGUGAUGAUGAAGAAGCAACAAUGACCAUCGACUGGGCAGACUUGCUCUCUGGAUGUCACAAAUGUUGCUACAUAUUACAGCACACACUUCAUCAUUGAGACUGGGUCAGGCAAGUUUCUUACAAUGCCUCUUUAGAUGCUUUCAUUUCCAGUACAACCAGCAAUACAAAUACUGUGGUGCUAGCAUGGAGAGAGAAGUCAGAGAAACUCCUUAAAAUGACAUCUUUCAACAUUGCCCAGGGCAUUCACGCUUUUGAUUACCAUUCUCAGCUCAAUUUAAUUGCAACAGCUGGCAUCAACAACAAAGUCUGCCUUUGGAAUCCCUAUGUUAUUUCUAAGCCAGUUGGUGUUCUGUGGGGUCAUUCAGCCAGUGUCAUAGCAGUCCAAUUCUUUGCUGAAAGAAAACAACUUUUCAGCUUUUCCAGAGAUAAAGUUCUGAGACUCUGGGAUAUUCAACACCAGCUGUCCAUUCAAAGGAUAGCUUGUUCUUUCCCCAAAAGUCAAGACUUCAGGUGCCUUUUCCACUUUGAUGAAGGCCAUGGACGACUUUUCAUCUCCUUCAAUAAUCAGCUUGCCUUGUUGGCCAUGAAAAAUGAAGCCAGCCAGAGGGUGAAGAGCCAUGCAAAAGGGGUUACCUGUGUCCUUUACAAUUCCCUCCUGAAGCAGGUAAUCAGCUCUGAUAUGGGGUCUACUGUUUCCUUCUGGAUGAUAGAGACUGGGCAGAAAAUCAAACAGUUUUCUGGUUGCCAUGGCAAUGCAGAGAUCAGCACUAUGGCCCUGGAUGCAAAUGAGACUCGGCUUUUGACUGGCAGCACAGAUGGGACUGUAAAGGUGUGGGAUUUUAAUGGAUAUUGUCACCACACCCUAAGUGUUGGGCAAGAUGGAGUUGUGGAUAUCUCACAGAUCCUGGUUCUUAAGAAGACUAUCCUGGUUGUGGGCUGGGAGAGAGCAGUUACUGUGUUUCGACCCCAGAACUUCAAUCAGUUUUCCAUCCAGCCUGAAGAGUGGAAGGGGGGAAUCCAUCACCAAGAUGACAUCUUGUGCGCUGCAUUUUUACCCCCGCAAACUCUUGCUACAGGGAGCUAUGAUGGAGAAAUUGUUCUGUGGAAUAGCAGCACAGAAAAUGCUCACCAUGUCCUUCACCCUGAUUACCAGAGGCAGCUAACAUCCAAAUUAGACCCAGAACCCCAAAAGCUUAAUGCCAAUAGAAGCUGUUCAGUGCCCUGCUUCGAAGAGCAGGCCACACUGGCUGCUCAAAAUUUUGAGAUUGACACAGAAGGUAAUAAUGCUGUUAUGAAGCUUUGCUUCCUUCAAGCAAGAAAAAACAAUGCAGCAACAGGAGGUGCUAACCUUGUAUCAUGUGGAGCAUCUGGUUAUGUCAGGUUCUGGGACACAUUUAAGAAAGAACUUCUGGCUGAAUUUUUGGCUCAUGCUGGAGUUGGAUCCAUUGUUAUGUCUACUGAUAAACAAAAUCAAUACCUUGCCACUGGAGAUCCUGAUGGAUGGUUGAAAAUCUGGAAUAUAGAGGACUAUUGUACUAGUUCCACGGGGAACAAAAUCACCCAAUCUCCAACUUUGCUCAGAUCAUUUCAACCUCAUGAAGACCGGAUAAGUUCCUUGCAGUUGUGUGUGUCAUGUGAUCAUUUGCUUAUCAUUUCCUCCUCUGCAGACUGCAGUGUCUGUGUUACUGGACUUUGCAAUGCCCCUGCCUUGAUCUUUGGCCAGGCAAGCCAUUGGGAUAUUGAAAGCUAUUUUUCUUUUCCUACAAGAGAUACUAAUUUAGUAGAAAGUAAAAGUCAAGAGGAAAGCAUGAAAAUAAGUCCUUUAUUUUCUAAAGAGGAGUCAUGCUUAGACUCAACAGAAGACUCUCUACUUACUGAGGAAAAUAAAGAUGAUUCACUACACAUUAUCAGAUCAUCAGAAGAAAUAAAUUUCAGCCUGAAAUAUAAGAACAGAAAUAUGCAUAAGAAAAAAGCACAUAAACCUUGCUAUCGUGAAAUUAUAGAAAAAUCAGCCAGCACCUUUAGGUCCUUAAGCCUUAGCAGAUUGAAAGAGCUGCCUGAAGUGAAUAAACCUGCAUUUCUUCUAGACCCUGACAAGUACUUUAAGGAAGAGCCAGAGGAAAAUGAGCCCCAAGUUCCGGAGCUUCCUUUGCUCUCUGAAACUUUGAAAGCUGUAUUUGAUGAGAAACACCUGUUCCCCAAAGAAAUUCUUGAUCAUGAAAGACAAGACAAGCAAUUGUAUCAAGGAACAAGUGGUGACAUGAAGAUAAAAAGAAACAAGAAGCAAUUAUGA